AUGGCGGCGCCCAGUUCGCGGCUCUGCGGCUUUCGCCAGAGCGCGAUGGCGGCCUGCGCGUGGCGGGCUGCGGGGUGCGGCCGGAGCUUGAGCACCGCUCCUCUCGCUGCUGCUCCCCGGCCGUGGAAGCUCUUCGGGGCUCUGUGCCUGCUGAGGCUGCCCCGCAUCACGCAGCCCCUCCGGAAGGAGGAAGAGGAGAUGGCGGCCCUCAUGGAGCAGAUAGAGCUGGAGAAAAGCCACUAUUCCGACCACGAAAUCCGCAAGCUGGAGGAGGAGGAGCAGCUAAGAAGGAGGAAGGAAGGCUUGCAUGAUGAUGAAGAUGAAGAGCUGGGCAGAACGGUUGUUAUGGCUCAGGACCUGGAGGAGAAGUGGGAACAGAAGCUGCUGCAGUUCAGCCCAGCCCCGCGGAUUACAGAGGCUGAUAAAAAAAACGAUCGAACAUCAUUGAACAGAAAGCUGGACAGUAACCUGAUGUUGCUGGUGAAACAGAAAAUUGGUAACCAAGAGCUGUGGCUCCUGCCUCAAGCGGAAUGGCAGCCUGGAGAGACUCUGCGAAGCACAGUUGAGCGAGCCAUGGCUACGUUUUUAGAAGGCUGUGCCUGUUCUGCCUGUCAGCUCCAUCCCAACAGCAAUUUGUGGCUGGAGUCACAAUUCUGCCCUGGUACAGAAGUGUUCAUCGUGGACAGAGGGACACUGAGCAACUCAAUGGGGAUUGGGAUGCAAGCAGUGUGGAUGCAGUGCCUCUGCCUGCAGCCUCAUAUCAUCAGCUGACAAAGCCCUGCAGUCAUGCUGCUGUGAGCAGGGAUGCCCAAUCCUCUGAGGAGAUGCAGGUUUCAGCACCAAACCUCUGCCUGAUCCUGAUGAGCUCUCAUGGAGCACAGACCUUCGUGUUGGAGGUGGGAGAGCACCUUGUGGUGCACUAGCUGCCAAAGCCCUGACAUCCCAAUGAGGGAUGGAUGAGAAACCCCAUCCUCGUGUCAUGCGUGAAGGCAUGGGCCAGCCGAGAGUGGGGUGACAUGGGGAUGGGGCCCU